UGCUCCAGUGACGUAGCUCCAGUGGGAUGGGAGCUUGACGUUGGAGCGCGAGCGCUUUUCGCAUACCAACCGGGAGAGAGAGGAGAGCGAGCGCACGGCAGUGCCAACCAUGGUCAGCGCUUUGAGAGAACACUGUGGAAUCAACCGGGAGGGACAACAUCAAAACAUGGAAUGCGACCCAGCAACAUUGUAUCUUUCCUGUCUGCCCGAAGUUAUUUUUCUCCUCGACCACUGAAGAAGAGGAGGAGGGUUGUCGUUUACGAAUUGGAUUCCAGAGCACCCUCUCUCAACCUCUCUUCCUCUCUCUCUCUCUUUCUCUCUGUCUUUCUUCGGGUCUCCCUAUCUUCGCAUUGAAAAGUCACAGAGUGGAAAGGAUAUUUUGGUUUAUUGGAAUUAUAGUUGUUCUGAAAAUAAUUUUCUGGGAACGUCGUAUUGGAUGAGAACCUGUGAGCAUCAUGAGUACCAGUGCCUAUCAGCAGGCCUCUUUGGGCGGUGAGCGGAGCACUGGACCAAUCCGGUGCCAGCGUUGUCGGGAGGCGUGUAAGGGAGAGGUGGUGCGCGUUCAGGACACACACUUCCAUGUCAAGUGUUUCACCUGCACAGUGUGUGGGUGUGACCUGGCUAGAUCUGGGUUCUAUCAGAAGAGUGGUGAGUACAUCUGUACGUCAGACUACCAGCGUCUGUAUGGGACACGCUGUGACCGCUGUGACGGAUUCAUCACCGGGGAGGUGGUCUCUGCUCUGGGGAGGACCUACCACCCUACCUGCUUCGUCUGCAGUGUCUGCAGGAAGCCGUUCCCUAUCGGAGACAGAGUGACGUUCAGUGGGAAGGAUUGUGUGUGUCAGCAGUGUUCUCACACACUUGUCACCUCCAACGAACCAAUCAAGAUCCACGGACCCAGCCACUGUUCAGGGUGUGGAGAGGAUAUAAAACAGGGACAGUCUCUGCUGGCAUUGGAGAAACAGUGGCAUGUCAGCUGCUUCAAGUGUCAAACCUGCAACAUGGUCCUCACUGGGGAAUACAUCAGCAAGGACAAUGUGCCGUACUGUGAGUCUGAUUACCACGCCCAGUUUGGGAUUAAGUGUGAGACGUGCAGCAGAUACAUCAGUGGACGGGUACUGGAGGCAGGGGGGAAACACUACCACCCUACCUGUGCCCGCUGUGCCCGCUGUCACAUGAUGUUCACAGAGGGAGAAGAAAUGUACCUGCAUGGUGGUGAGGUGUGGCACCCUUUGUGUAAGCAGCCAGCAGCCAGAUCAGACAGAAGAAUCAGGCACAGACGUCUGUCAGAGACCUCCAUCUCUCCACCAGGCUCGUCAAUUGGCUCUCCCAGUCGUGUCAUCUGUGCCAGGGUGGAGAAUGUGAUGCCAGACUAUAAGGACUUUGCCGCACUGCCUAAGGUCAAGGCCAUAUAUGAGGUCCAGCCACCUGACCUCAUAUCAUCCUACCAGCAACAGAAUCAUCCUAAUAUAUCAUCCUACCAGCCACAUAAUCAUCCUACCAUAUCAUCCUACCAGCUACAGAAUCAUCCUACCAUAUCAUCCUACCAGCCACAGAAUCAUCCUACCAUAUCAUCCUACCAGCAACAUAAUCAUCCUACCAUAUCAUCCUACCAGCCACAGAAUCAUCCUACCAUAUCAUCCUACCAGCCACAGAAUCAUCCUACCAUAUCAUCCUACCAGCCACAGAAUCAUCCUACCAUAUCAUCCUACCAGCCACAGAAUCGUCCUACCAUAUCAUCCUACCAGCAACAUAAUCAUCCUACCAUAUCAUCCUCCCAGCCCUACCCCAGAUACUCCUCAGAUGACAUAGAGACCUUCAGCUAUGGAGAGAAGCUGUAUGACAGUGUAGACAUGAAACAGAGACAGUGUUCCAGCCCCGGCUACAUGGACUCUCCCUUCUGCAGCCGUCAAGCCAUGUCUCCCAUCAUCCCUUGCUCACCGCAGCACUAUGGACACCCCGUGCUGGCUGCAGGCUCUGAGAGUGGCAGGAGCUCGCCCUAUUACGGCUCGCUGGAGGGACGGCCUAGUUCUUCUACCACAUACCACGCCCCCAAGCAUUUCCAUGUACCAGCCUCAGGCGAACCCAACAUCUACCACAAACCUCCCAUCUAUAAGAGAACGGCCACCAAAAGCAGGACCAGCGAAGAUCUAAUCACAUCCUCCAGACUGUCUACCUACUCUCCAGAACCCUACACACAGUCAGAGUCUGACUCCUACCCCUAUCCCAGAUCCCCUAAAGUUCUCUGUACUCCUAGAAGAAGGUACUCUACAGGAGGAGAUGAAGAGAGCUGGAGUCACAGCAGUCUUCAAAGAAUUCAGAGUGGUAUAGGGAGGAUGAUCCUAAAGGAGGAGAUGAAAGCUAGAUCUGGUUGCUAUGACAACGACCCUUGGGGCAGCACUCGGAACUCCCGCAGCGGCAGCAAGGAGACUCUCACCACUGCCAGCUACAACAGUACUGUUAAUGGCUCUCCUCGAUCCAAUUACAGCCUAGACAAUGAUUCGUACAAAUCAGCCUCUCUACCAGGAUACAGGCGGAACAGUGUCAACAGGCCCCAGAGUGCAGCCGCAGACUACUACCAACAGUAUGACAGCAGCAGUGAAGUCAACUGGGGAACCAGAGAAUACAAGAUUUACCCGUAUGAAGCGCUGAUCGUGACCACCAGGGGGCGACACAGAGUGCCUAAAGAUGUGGACAGAGCCAGACUAGAGCGUCAUCUGAGUCCCGAGGAGUUCCUACAGGUGUUUGGGAUGACCGUGGCAGAGUUUGACCGGCUGGCUCUCUGGAAGAGGAAUGAAAUGAAGAAACAGGCCCGACUCUUCUAACCAUGGAGAGAGAGAGACAAUUAGAGGAAAUUGAGAAAGAGAAACUGUUCUAAUUAAAGAAAGAUAGACUGUUAAUGACAAUAGAGAUAGAUAGAGAGAGACAGACUGUUAAUGACAACAGAGAUAGAUAGAGAGAGAGACAGACUGUUAAUGACAAUAGAGAUAGAUAGAGAGAGACAGA